AGUCGAGCAUACUUUUCUGCAUGAUUUUAACCCAGUUCAAUAACAUUUUGCCCAUUGAGGACUUCGGGUUAUCCUUCGGUUUUAUGGGCGUACCUAUGUGUUUUUUUUUCCUUCACUGAAGCGGAGUAAGGUGCGGGACGAGGUCACAAAUGCGCCUUAAAUACAAGCAGUAGCAGAGGGUUUGGAUGGACCCUGGAGAGGAACAGGAGUAAAAACUACUGGAGCAGCCGAGGACCACUCACACAGGACAGGAGCUGGGACUUUACUGCAAGCUGAUGCCUCAUUUGUAGGCUGACUGGUUAAAAAAAAAAGCCUCACAAAGCUUUGUGACUUACCACCGUGAAAGUUGUGGCGCCUCUGGCUAAUAUGGAAAGUAUAUGAUUCCGUGUUGGCAAACUUGUUCAUUUUUCUCCCCUGAGUGCGAUGUAGUUCAGCUCCGCUCCCGAGAGUGAGCUUAUUUGUCAAGAUGACAGCACUUACACCUCUGAGCCGUGCUGUGUUUGGACUUGUGUGGGGCUGCUUGAGUUUUCUGUCCUGCGCUCAUUGUGGCUUAAGUGACAACCAUGUGCACUCCAGUUUUAUUUACAGGCGGUUGCGCAAUCACGAACGGAGGGAGAUCCAGAGAGAAAUCCUCUCCAUCCUGGGCUUACCGCACCGACCGAGGCCUUUCUCUCCAGGGAAGCAGGCAUCAUCCGCUCCGCUGUUCAUGCUCGACCUGUACAAUGCCAUGUCCAUAGAGGAGGAAGAGCUGCAGCAGAGCACCGGCCAGGGCUACAGUGCCAAGGCUCAUGGACACUCCCGUAAAGGUUAUUACAGCCCGCAGCAUGGAUACAGCUCCCGCAUGGCGCAGCCCUACCGAGCGGCCCCUCUCACAGGUCACAGCCCCUCUCUGACCACAGCCCACGACACCAACUUCCUCAAUGACGCCGAUAUGGUUAUGAGUUUUGUCAAUUUAGUGGAGAAGGAUAAAGAUUUUUCUCACCACCGAAGACACUACAAGGAGUUCCGUUUUGAUCUGACUCAGAUCCCAGACGGAGAGGCAGUGACUGCCGCGGAGUUUCGUAUCUAUAAGGAUCGCAGUCAUUCACGCUAUGACAAUAUGACUCUGAAGGUCACCAUAUACCAAGUCAUCAAGGAAUACCAGAACAAAGAUGCAGAGACGUUCUUGCUCGACUCCAAAAAGGUUCAGGCGUCUGACGGAGGCUGGCUGGUCUUCGACAUCACUGCUACCAGUAACCACUGGGUAAUGAACCCACAGCAGAACAUGGGCCUGCAGCUCUGUGUAGAGACUGUAGAUGGACGGAGUAUCAACAUAAAAUCAGCUGGAAUAGUUGGAAGAAACGGGCCGCAGUCCAAACAGCCGUUCCUGGUUGCUUUCUUCAAGGCCAGCGAGGUGUUGCUUCGCUCUGUCAGGGCUGCUGGUGGGAAGAAAAAGAAUCACAAUCGCAACAAAUCUGGAAAUCAGCAAGAAUCAUCCCGGGCGCCAAAAAGUGGAGAUCAUAACACCAGUGAACAGAAGCAAGCGUGCAAGAAGCAUGAACUUUAUGUCAGCUUUCGAGAUUUGGGUUGGCAGGACUGGAUUAUUGCACCUGAGGGCUAUGCUGCUUUCUACUGUGAUGGGGAAUGCUCCUUUCCACUCAAUGCGCACAUGAACGCAACAAACCAUGCAAUUGUGCAAACUCUGGUUCAUUUAAUGUUUCCUGACAAUGUGCCAAAGCCAUGCUGUGCCCCAACCAAGCUGAACGCAAUAUCUGUGCUUUAUUUUGAUGACAGUUCAAAUGUUAUCCUCAAGAAAUAUAGAAACAUGGUAGUCAGGUCUUGCGGUUGCCAUUAGUGGCCGGGAUAACUUUAAUUUAUGAUAGCUGGUACAGGAAUUGCUGGAAAACACAUUGGCCGCUAGUGUGAUGUGAUGUACAGUAUUAUGUAUAUAGAAGUUUUAUUAUCUAAUUUAUUUUCCACUCUUUUUAAGAUAACACUGAAUAUUGUAAUAUUUAAAUGAUUAGAAGAAUUUUUGAUUUUACAGUACGUCAGUUAUCACUUAACCUUUGUGUCCAUUGGCAUAUAUUCACUUAGCUACAACUGUAAUGGUAACUUUUAUGUCAGCAAACUAUCCACUGGAUUGUAGUUUUAUAAUAUCAAAAUUAUUUAUCCUAUUAAAUUCAGAGUCAGUAUA